CGAGGCGCGUCCUGCUCCGCGGAAGGUCCGUCGCGCAACAACGCGCAAUGUUUAGUUCCGCACCUUUGGGCGCAGUGAAAUAUGCCUUGGUGCAAACAGGGAGCUACAGACAAGCUCGUCAGAGACUUCUUACGCACCGGAGCCGCUGCGAGGAACAAGAUGAUGAAAAACUGGGGUGUGAUUGGUGGAAUAGCUGCUGCCAUGGCUGCUGGAGUCUAUGUAUUAUGGGGGCCAAUUUCAGACAGGAAGAAAAAGAGAAAAGGAUUGGUUCCUGGUCUGCUUAAUCUGGGGAACACAUGCUUUAUGAACUCACUUCUGCAGGGCCUGGCAGCCUGUCCUUCUUUCAUCAGAUGGCUUGAAGACUUUACAAGCGAAGGCAGCGUCCAUCCAGAGAGAACUGAGAGAGAGACUCAUCUGUCCAGAUCUCUGAUGCAGUUACUUAAAGCCCUGUCAGGUCAUGAUCCUGGAGAAGGUGAUGUUUUAGAUGCGGGAGGCCUUUUAGAAGCUCUCAGGCUUUACAGAUGGCACAUUAGCUCCUUCGAGGAACAGGAUGCUCAUGAGCUCUUUCAUGUUCUCACAUCAUCAUUAGAGGAGGAACGGGAACACCAACCCAGAGUCGCUCACCUGUUCGACAUGCAAACACUGGAGAAAUCUGUGGAGUCAAAAGAAAAAAACAUAAGCUGCAGAAGUGGAGGCCCAUUACAUCCUAUUCCAAGUUUAUGGAGGACUCGGCACCCUUUUCAUGGACGGUUAACAAGUUAUAUGGCUUGUAAACGCUGUGAGCAGCAGAGUCCUGUGCACUAUGAUUCUUUCGACAGCUUGUCUCUUUCUAUCCCGUCAGUACAGUGGGGCAGACCAGUUACUUUGGACCAGUGUCUCCAGCAUUUCAUCUCCUCGGAAACCAUCAAAGAAGUGGAGUGUGAAAACUGUACCAAGCAACAGGCUGGAGAGCUUGUAAAGGGAGAAGUCCUUGAGAGUCAGAGGACAACAUUUGUCAAGCAGCUGAAACUUGGAAAGUUGCCUCAGUGCCUCUGCAUCCAUCUGCAGAGACUGACGUGGUCUAAAGAGGGCACUCCCAUUAAGAGACAAGAGCAUGUUCAGUUUACAGAAUAUUUGUCUCUGGAUCGAUACAAACAUUGUACUGCUGGUCAGAACCUCCAGAGCACCAGCAGAACAAAUAAGCCCAAAGCUGCUGGAGACCCAAAAGACAAAACCAUUGCUAAUGGUGUUGGUUCAGAACACUGUAACAACAAUAAGCCACUGUCCAAUGGAACCUUUCCCUCCAUCUUUCUACACUCACCAGGACUGAGCUCACAGCUCAACCUCACUUAUGACUACAGCUCAGAGUAUCUCUUCCGCUUGACGGCCGUCCUGGUUCAUCAUGGCGACAUGCACUCUGGACACUUUGUCACUUACCGCCGCUGUCCUGCCGCUCCCCGUGGAACGUCUCCUUUUAGCUCCCAGUGGCUCUGGGUGUCUGAUGAUUCGGUUAGGAAAGCCAGCCUUCAGGAGGCGCUCUCCUCCAGCGCAUAUCUGCUCUUUUACGAACGAGUGCAAAGGCCGGGUCUGAGGGUGGAAGAGUAGCGUCUCAGCUGACCCGGGUUACUUAUACUUAGUUCAAAGCUAGAGCGUUAAUCCUCGCUUCUCUCCAUUCCAGGCCAUGCUACUACGGCCGAGUGCAACUGUGCAUCCCUGUGCAUGCAGUUUGACGUGCAUGUUGUUUCUGAUCGCUCUUUGUGAGGGAAGAUGAGGACUCUGUAUAUCAUAGUUUCCAUCUUAAUCUUGCUCCGCGUCUAUGGCGGUUGUUGUAUUAGAAAACCACUAAGUCGUUAUCUGAGCAUAAGAAUGAUGCCAGUCAUGAGUCAUUGUUGCCACUGACAUAGGGAUUCACACAGAGAUUUGAACCUGUUUUUUUGACCUAUUGACCUAGUUGACCUAGAAUUGUUGGCUUGCUCAUUAAGCUAAUUAUCUAUUAAUACCAUGUUAUGUAUUAAGUACAUUUGACAUGGUUUAUCAUGCAGUUUUUUAUUAAUAAUGUGUCUGUCAAUUCAUUAUCUCUUGUUAAUAAUAAUAUAUUUGUGCAAUUUGCAUAUAAAGGUCUUUUGUAAGACGUAAAAAUCACUAAGUUGUUUUUGUUUCACAUUUUGAGGGUAAUUAAGGGAGAAUGCAAAAUCAUGGGAUGUGUCAUCAUCAGGUGUUGCGUGUCUACAUGUAGAUCAGGGGCCCGUUUCAUAAAAUACCAAAUAAGCCAGGUUUAUUUCAGUUAGUCUGACUUAUUGUCAGUUGCUUUGGUUUAAAAUAAGUGAGACUAAUUGAAAUAAGCCUGGCUUGCCUAGUAAACUUGUUUUAUGAAACAGCCCCCAGGUUUCCUAUGAAUCCUGUGUUUUUGUUGUAUAAUGCACAUAUCCCAUGUCAUUAUAUCUUUAGUGAAUACUUAGAAGGGAAACCUAGCAAGAAUAUGGGAAUGCAAUCCAUAUUCUAAAUCCUGAGUAUUUACCAAAUAGAUUUUCUGCUGACAUAUUUCACUGUACAUCCAUUUCCAGUGUUCUUCUGUAAAUUCCUUGUUAUAUGUUGAUUGU